AUGAUGGACGUAGACAACACUGUAGCUACGAAUGCAACAACUAAUGUGACUUUGACUUCCGAGCCGAAACAGCCACAGCAUGUACAACAACAACAGCAGCAACAACAGCAGCAGCAACAACAACAACAACAGCAAAAUUCAAUAGAACCAGUAGCACCAAAACAACAAUCACAACCGCAAAAUGGAAGUCUGAAACCACCACCGCAACCGUCAGCGCAGUUAAAACAACCACCGCCUUCCAAUCAACAACAGCAACAGCAACAACAACACGAAUGCGAACCAAUGCAACUAAAAGGACCUAUACACGUGUUGAUGACAAUGCCCUCCUCCAAAUCUUCCUCAUCUUCUUCUUCUAGAACGAGCGCCGCAAGAUUUGGUGGUGGAAGAAUAAUGGACAAUGGAAAACCACGUUCGAAACCUACCAAACGAGAACGAAUGCAACAAUUGCUCCUCGAUCCAGUCUUGCAAGGGGACUAUGUUACCAAACGGCUGAAAGCCUACCAACGGUGCAUGCCCAAAGCGGGGGAAGUUGGAAAGGAUGAGAAACCGAAAACACCAUCGCCACAGCAACCCAAAGCAAAAUCCAAACAGGGCAAGCUUGCGUUGAACAACCAAAGCAAGUGUAAGUCUCCAACAAGUGUUUGGGAUGGAGUCUCUCAGGUCGAACGAGAGCUGGUGAAUUGCUGUGAAUCCAUAUUGUCGUCGUCGUCGUCGUCAUCAUCAUCGUCUUAUUUGGAAGGCUAUUCCGCUUCCUCGGAUGCUCAUGACGAUGAUGAUGAUGAUGAUGACGAGGGAGGGCUACAAAAAUCGGCCCAGGACGGCGCGUUGCAAAUUCAAAAGGAAGUUCAGUUUGUUGGUAUUUUGGCACGGGAUUGUCAUACCUUAUCGGCCAAAUCAUUAGCCCUUUCUAUUUUGGAACGGACAUUGCAAUUGCACUUGUUGGAAAAUGUGGAUGACGACGACGAAGAAGAGGACGAUGACGACGAAAUGGAAGAGGAAGAUGCGACAACAGACUCGAAAGCUGCAAAAGGGGGAACCGCAAAUGCCGAAAAUGAGGAAACCGAGGCCCUGGAAUCUCCAAGAAGCAAACGAGCUUCCACUAGGAAUGAUGAAAGCGCCUCGGAGCAACCUCAGAAGAAACAAAAGCUAGAAGACAUUGAACCGGAACCUGAAGCUGGAAAAGUUGCAAGCAUGCCGACACAGGACGAAGAAGACGAGGAGGAGGAGGAAGAAGAAGAAGAAGAGGACGACGGGAAACCAGAGAGACUGGAAGGCUUCCUUGCUGCUGGUGGACUCAAGAUAUUGAACCGAUGGCUAAUAGAUGCUUGUACAGAAGAGAUGGAGCUACCACCAAAACAGCCUGCCAAUGGGAAAGGGCAGCAGGCUGCCCCAAAACCAAAACCACCCGCUACGAGACCUCUGAUUCUCCCCAUGCUCCGUUUCUUGGAACAUAUCCCAUUUGACAAGAAGGUCGUAAUUGAUGCUAAAAUCAACAAACAGAUUCGAAAGUUAGGGAAGCAAGUUACCGCUAUUCGCAAAGCUAGGGAACAAAACACACACGAACCGGUGGAUUUACAAAAUUGGAGCCUCGACCCAACCGUUGAUGCUAAAGAUGCGCUCGAUGACGUUCAUCAAGCAAUCAAGGAUCUGAAAUCAUCAUGGGAACAAAUGGCCAAGCAUGAUCCAAGCGAAUUUGAUGAUCCCUUUGAAUCACUCAAGGCAAAAAUGAAGGAGCGGCUAGAUGCGCUGGUGCAAUACGAAGUUGGUGAAGCUCCCAAGCCAGAUUGGUUCGAUGAUACAGAGACUGGAAAGGGCAACGCCAAGAAGCCACCGAAGUCCAAAACCUCCAGCACCAAAGAACUCGCUGCUAAGGAGCGAUUAGCGGAACGGGAGAAUUUGAAACAGCAGCUCCAUGCAGCGCAGACUGAGCACCGUGAACGUCUGGCAAAGCUCAGAGAAAAGUUCCUAAAACGUGGAGGCGAUACAGAGGUGGCAUCAGUACCUAGCACCAAUGGCAAGAAGAAGAAGAAUGGGAAAAAAGUUGUCUGGAAAGAUGGUAUGCGAUCUCAGAUCAGUCGGAAUCGAGAGGAGCUUGAACAGGUAUUUGUGUUUGAGAAGCAAUCCCCUCCGGCACAGGAUCUUCUAGAGAUAACAAAUGGCCCUGUUGAAGAUGGACCAAUCGCCGAUGCUUUGAUGGAUGAUGUUGAAGCUGCAUUGGAAGGGCUGUGA